AACAAACUACUCAAGGCAUCCAACGAGAUUUCAUCAACUUUUACCCUCUUUUUCUCUCUCUAAUUUCAGUUCUGCUCUCUCGAUUCAGUUGUAUCUGUAUACGUUUUCUGUGUUGAUGGUCCAUCUUGCCCAACGAUCUUGUAUCUCAGCAGUUGUCAAUGUCUAGUAGCCAAAUGGCUCGGCUGGAACCAAUUGCUAGCAAAUUGGAUGCCCUGAUGUCCAUCGGAUUGAUGGGAUUUGGUACGUAUGAAUCUUUACAGCACCAGAUACCUAUCGAUAUGCCUAUUGAACAGAUGGGAUUUGUGUCAAAUGAUCUUGGGUCACAGUUUUCCUUGGUACCAACUCAGCAAGGUGGAAACACAAAGUCCCUGAUAUUUUCUCGGCUCCCACAACAGCAACAAGGUGGAAACACAGAGUCCCAAACAUAUAAUCAGCUGCCACAACAGCAGCAAGGUGGAAACAUUGGAUCCCAAACAUAUACUCAGCUACCACAACAGCAGCUAGGUGGAAACAUUGGAUCCCAAACAUUUACUCAACUACCACAACAGCAACAAGGUGGAAACAUUGAUUCCCAAACAUUUACUCAACUACCACAACAACAGCAAGGUAGAAACAUUGGUUCCCAAACAUAUACUCAGCUACCAUAACAUCUCUUAAUGUCUAAUAAGCAUGUAGGAGAAAUAGUUCCCACCAUGUUGAAUAGCCGGAGACAACACCUGUUGCCACCAUUGAACAAGCGCAAAGCACCAUCAGAACCAAUUUCUCCUAUUUCUAUUCCUCAAAUGUUAUCUUUGCCAAACAAAAGAGUGGCACAAAUGGAACACAGGCCUUGGUUGCAACCAAUGUCUGCACCUAGUAAAAGACCUGUUUAGAUGCAGACAGUUUCCAAUUCACCCGGAUCACAGCCUUCC